AUGAAUAAUGAAUUAGAUUUCAAUAUAAAAAUAAAUUUUAAUAGAAAUAAACAUAGAAUUGCUGCAACAAAUACAAUUAAAAAUAAAGGACAAAUGCAGCUUAAAAGUUAUUAUAAUUAUUGUCUUUUGAAGCAUAAAAAAACAACAAGAUUUGCUAAAGAAAUAAACACCCGUAUUGAAAAUAUUGAAAUAAAUCAGCCAAUAAUAAAUGAAAAAAAUUUUGAAGGAAAUUUUGGGACAGAUUUGUUAAUAGAAAAUGAAGAUUUAUUUCAAAAAGAUUUUUGUGAUUUUAAUAUAGAAAAUGUUAAUGAAUAG